GACGGCCGCGUACUGCACGCCGCACAGCUGCAGCAAUGUGGCCUCUUACAGGACGCCCGCGUACUGCACGCCGCACAGCUGCAGCAAUGUGGCCUCUUACAGGACGCCCGCGUACUGCACGCCGCACAGCUGCAGCAAUGUGGCCUCUUACAGGACGCCCAUGUUCUACAUGUCAUGGCCGCCUGCAAACCCUGUAUCCAACCUUUCUUCAGUGGGUGGCGUCAUUUCCUCAGCGUCCUCUGGCCACCACUUUAACGCAGAUGGUCGUUUGAGGACCUUGGGGAGCCAACAUGCCCCCCCCACAGAUCCCUCCAUGAUGGCAGUCACCCCCAAACCUGCCUGUCAGUGGCGCCUCCACCCCCUACUUCCCAGGUUUGCUAACCGGAACAGGCACUGACCUGAGGCACAGACUGCUGGCAGGGUGGAGGGGCCAAGCUCUUUCCUGCAGACUGACCCCCAAGCUGUCCUUCCUCUGCCUGUCAGCUUCUUCCUCACACUGCAGCUGCACUCAGUUGCGUCUGGCUCACACUAUCUUAUAUGCGGCACAUAUUUCACAGAUCAGAAUUUUUAAUACGUGGUAUUUUAAGAUGACUAAAAUUGGAAAAUCAUGCAAAUGCAAAGAAUGAACUAGAUAAACUUAAUUUUAAAAAUAUGACUAAAAUGUGCUAGAAAACACACGUAAAUGCAAAACUGGCCAGACGGUCUCUCAGUAGAAGGCGGAGUUUGCAGACUUCUCGUUUACACUAAUUCUUCCUAUGUUUCUCUGUACGUUGGGUGUCCUGAAGAAAAUCAGCAUAAUCACCCCGUCCUGUCUAAGCCUAAUUUAUGACCCUUGUCAGCUGCCCCAUAAACCAGCGCAUUUUACGGCCUGUCUUCACGAACGUACUGUAUCAUCACGUUCAUUUAGUUGGUCAGUAGGUUCGGAGAUUUCCGUUAGUCCGAGUUCUCACCUAACAUUAGCACUACAUUGUGGUUAGUUAAUUUUUCUGCAUAUUAACUUUAGGGGAUUAAAAUCUUCAUGCAAGUCCUGAAGCGUGUCAGGCGACGCCAGUUUCUGAUGACCAGACUGGGACAUGUAUCAGCGUAGGGGUUGGGGAUGAAUCUGAAAAAAGUAUCCUUAUAAUAGCACGAAGAACGAUUAUUCUGGCUAAUAUCGGUCGUGUGUGACCAAUCUGGCUGGGUACCAGGUCUCUAACCACAUGGUUAAUGUUACAGUACUUUGGAAAUGCUCUUCGGUGAUGCAGAGGGGGAAAGACAAACCAACACAGUCAGCGCAGAGAACCCACCGGAGACCCACGCGGGGCGCGGUGAUUCAUGCCUGUUUCACAGGUCAGCCUAAUACAGAAACACAGACAUUCACUUCCCGACACAUUGUGUUGAUCUCCGAGGACAAAACGGGAUAUUUCUAGCAAGCUCUGAAUCCGAUAUGAUAUGAUGGUCGAACGAUGACCUAAUCCUUCUACGCCACCGGCUCCCGGGUGUAGCUCCAUUUGCAGUUGCGCUCAGACUCGUCUCGUUCCCAUCGGACAUGCAUUUUUAAGACCUGCAUGUGACCCAUUAAAUAUCAAGCCUCUCACUUCCAGCUUGCUGCCAGGAGGAGUUCAUAAAUCUCGCUAAUGGCAAAAGAGCGGAUUCCUGCACAAUGAUGACCCCGCUCAUUUUCUCAGAGACUUUCGUCUAAACUGCUCUGAAAAUCCACCGCCUUAUGUCAAAGUGAGAUUUUAUCCAGCUGUAAUUAGCACGUAAUCUGGGGCUGUUACUCUCACCAGACAGUGUAACUAAAUGAUUCCGUUGAUGAGGGAAAUUUGACCAGCUUAAACAAGGUUGUAUUUAUUGGAAACUUUCCAAAAUAUACUGGUAAUUGUCACCUUACCCCCAUGUUCGCUGAUACAUGAAUGUUUAAAAUGAACUUUUAAAAAUGUUUAUAGUAGACAGUUUAUUGUUCUAUAUAUAAUUUACAUCUUUCUGCAUGAUCUUUUCUAUGCUCCACAUACGAUUACAAUGUUUGCUGAACGUUACUGACACUGCUUAGAAAUCAGUCUGAAGUCAAGCAGAAGAAUUAUAAAAGUCAACGACCCAGAGCACUGUUUCAUAUUUCAGGAGAGACGAUGCCAGGUUAAUGCAAUGUUUCAGGUUACUCAGCAGAGCGAUUCUGUGAAACAUACACGAAACAUAAGAUUUUAGGAGGGGGAGAAAACUAGAUAAGCUAUCACCGAAAUGUGACAGGCGUGGUACAAUUUACAAUCAUAGCUCACACACAGCCUUUAUGAUACCUGCAUAUAUGCAUCUGAUCGGACAUUUACAAGCAGACUUCCAGGUACCUUCAUGCGUGUGAUCAGAUAUUCAAAUGCAACCUUUCAGGUAACAGCAUGCAUCUGAUUAAAUAUCACAUGUAUCCUUUCUGGUACCUCCAUGCACCUGACCAGAUAUUCACAUAGGCUACAACUUUUCAAGUACUUGCAUGCAUUUGACUGGAUAUUUACGCACAGCCUUUCAGAUACAUGCAUGAAUUUGACCAGAUAUUCACGUGCAUCCUUUCAGGUACCUGCAUGCACCUGAUCAGAUUUCCACACGCUGUACUUCCUGGUUUCUGCAUAUGCACAAGAUUCGGUUAGAAACACUCGAUGAGAUACGCACUUGUUUAGUGUAAAUAGCCAAAUAAACACGCCUGUUUAGCGUUCCACGUCGGUUGGAGAGGUUUUCCUUUAAAUGUCUUGGAGCGGGGAGGGGUAACGGUGUGAUAUGCUCGUAUUGGGGGUUGAGCAGAGGACGGAUCUUUUCCAGUAAGGGGGUAUCUACGGCGUAAUAAGGAUUUUCCAGUUAAUCAUUCCAGCGCAGGUCUACAUCGGACCAUAUAAGCUGAGGAGCGCCGCUCGCAGGCAUUUCUGCCGGGAUCUGGGUGACACGCCGGGGUUACGAUGUUGCGUUUAUACGCGGCUCUGAUCUCCCUCACGCUCAUCGUUUAUUCAGACGGCAGAAGGCACUUCCUACAGGACUACCAGAAAAGCGACGGGGUCCGGCUGCUGCGGCCAGAUGAGUCCUACCUGACCAAGAGCAGGGAGGUCGAUGUCUUCAGGUGUGCAAGGAAGUGUAGCCGCAACAAGAAGCUGCCCUUCCUGUGCAGAUCAUUCUACUAUGACCAGAAAAACAGGAAGUGCCACUGGCUGUCCUUUGACAGCUAUACCCACGGUGCCCUGACUGAACGCAAUAUCAACUUUGAUCUCUACGAGAAAAAAGACUACGUGAAACAGUGCAUCAUCGGGGCUGGCAUCAGCUACAGGGGCAUGAGGUCCGUGACGGAGAGUGGUGUGCCAUGCCAGGCCUGGGCCUCCACCAUGCCUCACGACCACACGUUCCUCCCAGCAAGCAACAAGAAGAAGGAUCUCCGGGAGAACUUCUGCCGAAAUCCGGACAAUGAGCCCACCGGCCCCUGGUGCUUCACCACAGACCCCAAACUGCGGCACCAGAGCUGCAAUGUUCCCCAGUGCUCUGAAGUGGAAUGCAUGACCUGCAAUGGCGAGAGUUACAGGGGACCCAUGGACCACACAGAGAGCGGCAAGGAGUGCCAGAGGUGGGACCUGCAGGAGCCACACAAACACGCUUUCCACCCAAAAAGGUACCCCGACAAGGGCCUCAACGACAAUUACUGUCGCAACCCCGACAAUCGUUUGCGGCCGUGGUGCUUCACGCUUGACCCCGGCACGCCGUGGGAGUACUGUGACAUCACAGCGUGCGACUCAAACACAGUGGCAGACAUUGCCAUGACAACGGCAUGUUUCCAGGGCCGCGGUGAGACGUACCGAGGGACGGUGGGUGUGACCCCCGGCGGGGUGAAGUGCCAGCGCUGGGAUUCGCAAAUCCCACACAACCACUCCUACAGCCCACAGAACUACAAGUGCAAGGACCUGAGGGAGAAUUACUGCAGGAACCCGGAUGGCGCUGAUCUCCCAUGGUGCUUCACCACUGACCCCAAAGUGAAAAUGGCCUUCUGCACGAACAUUCCCAGGUGUGACCCUGAAUCACCUGCGACUGACGACUGUUAUGAGGACAAUGGGGAAAACUAUAGAGGACAUCUGGCUAAGACAAGGUCCGGAAUUCCUUGUGGACAGUGGGAAGACCACAGAGAAAGAAUUAGAGAGACCUUGGCAGUAGCUGCAGAACUGGAGAGGAACUUCUGCAGAAACCCAGAUAAAGACAAGCAUGGACCCUGGUGUUUCUCCAACUCGUCCUCCACUCCCUGGGACUACUGCAACAUAAAGCCUUGCAAGAUGUCUCCCAAUGAAAUCCCCUCAAAAAACGAUGGGAGAAAGCCGUCUUGUUUCAUUCACAAGAGGACAAGGAUUGUGGGCGGAGCUGAAGUGCGGAUCAAGGAGGGCAGCUGGAUGGUCAGCAUACAGAAAGGAAGCCAUCACUGGUGUGGUGGCUCUCUCAUCAGAGAGGAAUGGGUCCUGACUGAUCGACAGUGCUUCUCCUCCUGCGUCCCAGAUCUUUCUGAGUACCGAGUGUGGAUGGGGUUCCACCGCUUCAACGACUCAGACAGAAACGUGUCCACAAAACAGGACCUGAAGAUCGCCAGUGUGGUCUGCGGACCAGAGGGCUCCAAUCUGGCCCUGCUGCGGCUGUCGCAACAAGCCCUACUGUCUGAGCACGUGCGGACGAUCCAGCUUCCCGUUGCAGGAUGUGCCAUGGAGGAGGGCACCACCUGCUCCAUGUACGGAUGGGGUGAGACCAAAGGAACUGGCUAUGAAGGGGUCAUGAAGGUGGUAGAGUUGCCAGUGGUCAGCAAUAAAGCCUGCCAUGAGUUCCACGGAGGAAUCCUCCACAUCGGGGACGAUAAAAUGUGUGCCGGAGGCAGGAAGGACGAGGGCGUGUGCGAGAGGGACUAUGGAGGACCCCUGGUGUGUGAGGAAGGACAGAGUAAAGCUGUCCUUGGGGUUAGUAUCCACGGGAGGGGCUGUGCGCGGGCCGACCGGCCGGCGGUCUUCGUCAGCGUGCCAUUCUAUGCCGAGUGGAUCCAUAAGGUGCUGAAGUACUACCCUAGCCUGGAGAAGAACUUCUAGGGGAAUCACCUUCCCCAAGCCACUGGAGAGAUGGCAUCCUGAAGACGACCAUGAUGACAUCUGUGAUAUUUGGGAGCUGCUCUGAUUCGCUUUCUUUUCAUGUUCAUUUGCCCAUGUGACCAGUGCCACCCAGGAGGACCUGGGCAUAUUCACAAUGGCACAAAUGCAGUGGCGACAAGCCCACAAUCUAUGCACAACUGGUCAGGCUUCAUUCUGCGAACAGCAAUGUUCCAACACAUCUGUGGUCUUCAUCCUUAUUGUCACUAUGAUCUUUGUCUUAACACCAGGCUUGUAUGUUAAGGUAAAACAGGGAAAUGAUGGCCGCCAUCACCUAUCAGGCUCUGCUGAACAUUUUACUCUCUGCGUGGCUGUCAUGAAAGCCCUCGAGAUGAAUCUCGCUACACACCCUUCAGUGAUAGCAGACACUGUUGUAGCGAGAGUGGCAGCAUAGCUACUAGUGCGGAUUCAUGCGAAGCACCACCAAAAGUCGUCUCCUGAAAAUACUUGAAACCAUCCAAAAUCCAAAACACAGUGACUGUCGGCUUCCUCAGAGCUCCAGAUGUCCCUGAUCAGAGCCUCGCUUCCAUCAUUACGCAGCUGUGCUGUUAGUAAUGGACUGGCGCUGCAGCCUGGCGCUGCCCAGAGGGUGAUGUAUAUACUCAGCAUUUAUGAGUGUUGCUCUCUGACACUCCUCUCUGCGUUUUAGGUCUUAUAGAUCUGGAUGAAGAAAACGUUACUAACUUAGAAGUAUGACUGGCCUCUUCCCCUCAGGUGAUAUUUAAUAUUACACACAAUUGGGAAGAUUAACUUAAUUUAACAUCACGCUUUACAUUUUUCUGAAGUUUGCCCAAUCCAAACUUUGCAGAGAGUAGAAGUAUCUUUCAUAAGCAGAUGGAUGACACACAUUGUACUCUGCUGUACGGCUGUGUACUCUGCUGUACUGUUCUGUACUCUGCUGUACUGUUCUGUACUCUGCUGUACUGCUGUGUACUCUGCUGUACGGCUGUGUACUC